CGCAUCAGGUGCUAAUCAGUCUCUACGCUCAAGCACACAAUGGCCGCCGAAAUGAAUGACAUCCCGCCGCCUCCUUGCUCUCCUGAACGAGAUCUUCCAAUCUGCCCCAUGCUGCUUCCAUGUCUUCACGCCGUCGCCGCUAAAGAGUAUCCCAUUCUCACCUGCCGAGGAGACGGGAGAGAUAUGGCCCUCUAUUUGUUGUGGGUGCCGCAGCCAGAGCAGGUGCAGCUGUCGCCGCAGGAGCAGUUGUCGCCGCACAUGGUGAUGGACGUAUUGGUGUUGAUAUGACCGGUGGUGGGUUUGUUGUUGAUGCUUUCGCUUUCGAGAUUGGUUCUGUUCCUGUUGCUGAGGAGGAGGGAAGCCGAGGGAGGGGAACAGCACUGGGGGUUGUAUUUAACCUCGCCGGAGGAGCAGAAGAGGGGCUGGCAGCUGACCCUCCUUCUCCUGCAUAGCCCUCCCCCCCUCUCCAUUCCUCGUCCUCCCUCCACUCGCUGGAGACAGUCAGACUCUCCCAUCCCGGAGAGACCCCACUUGGUGAACGAC